AUGAAAUUAGAGUCUGCCCCUCAAUUUCAUCCUUUAGUUGCUAAAGCUGCAACCAUAAGUUUAUCAUCAUUCGGACCAGGAGGUCCUUUUAGUUUCGAUUCUUUCUCUCGAAACUGGAAUUCACACAAGAAAAAACUCGAAUCAUCAAAAAAGAAACAGGACAAUUCCUCUAAACACGAGACAACGGGAAAUGAAUGGUUGGAGACAGGGAACUGUCCUAUUGCCAAAUCUUAUAGAGCUGUGUGCCGUGUCCUCCCAUUUGAAGCAACAACUUUUCCGCUGCCUCCUGGAGUGAAGCUUAAAUGCCCGCGGGCAGUUGUUGCAGUCAGGGCAGUCCUUACCCGAACUGCCUUUGUUAAGACGCUGCGGCCACAACCACUGGCUUCAAAGAUGCUUGUCACUGGAGCCUUGGGCGUGGCCGCUAAUAUUCCACUAGGAAUAUGGAGAGAGCACACUGAAAAGUUCUCACUAUCAUGGUUUACAGCAGUUCAUGCCGCUGUUCCCUUUAUCGCCAUGCUAAGGAAGUCGGUUGUCAUACCCGAAACAGCUAUGGCAUUAACUAUUGCUGCUUCUAUCUUGGGGCAGGUCAUUGGCUCAAGAGCAGAGCGACUUCGAAUUGAAGCAAAAGCUGAGAGUCGUAAAUUGGUGGCGCAGAAUUGCUAA